AUGCCAGGCCUGGAGGAGUUUCUUAAGAAGAACCCUGAGGUACAGCCAUCUCUGCAAAAGUAUCUUCAAUCACUUUCUGCAGAGGAUCGCUGCACUGUAUUUAAGAGCGCCCAAAAUGUGUGCUUUGAGCCCGCCUUGCACUUUGCACAACUCACUAGUAGCUCUCCUAUGACCAUCAAACCCCUUCCAGAUUUGGGAGGCCGUGUGCUUAACAUCUGUGGAUAUCCAGAUAAGGGACAGCAGAGUGUACAGGACGAAGCAUUCAAUCUUGGAAAGAAGCUUCUUGAAGAAGGGAAGGUUGCAGCCCUCAUUAUGGCAGGAGGCCAAGCAACGCGGUUAGGGGCAUCUGUACCAAAAGGUGUCUUCCCUAUAAAUUUUGGGGAACGUGCUGGCUGCCUCUUAGAAAUCCUUAUUCGCCGGGUUCACAACAAGGGGCAUAAUAUACCAAUCAUUAUUCUUUUGUCCCCGGCCACAGAGCAGGCUACAAAGGAUCAUCUAAGGGAAAAGUCAUACUUUGGCUAUCCUAACGAGCUCAUAUUUUACUGCACCCAAGACCACUAUCCAGCAUUCAGUGCUGAUGGGAAGAUACUACUUGCUAAGCCUCUAGAGGUCUUCUCCGCUCCAAAUGGGAAUGCAGGUUUUCUACGUGCCAUGAUGAACGCAAAACUGCUAAAAACUCUGUCAGCGCGAGGAGUAGAGUUUCUCCAUAUAGUUGGUGUUGACAAUCCGCUGAUACCCUUGUGCGAUGAGUUGACUGUGGGGUUUGCCAAGCUACGAUCUCUUGACAUCUUGAAUCGCGUAAUCCCAUGCCAGUCUGGAAAGAAGGAGGGUAUUGUUGGAGUGCGAAGCAUCACACAAGAGUGGCAAGCGCCGCUAGUCCCGAGGGACCUUCUUGAUUUGCAGCUACCUGACCAAGCUCCGUCCGUCUUAGAGUACUCUGAACUUCCUUCAGAUUAUAGUUACGCCUCCCAGUACGCCAACAUAAUGAACCAUGUGUUAUCGCUGGCCUAUCUGGAAAGGGUUGCGGGUUACAUGGAGAAACUUGACGUGGAGGUGGUGCCCUAUCACAUCGCCAUAAAAAGCGGAAGCAUCUAUGACUACGAGAACAAGACAAAUAUCACCCUGUCCAUCCCCUCUGUCUAUAAGAUAGAGCACUUUAUCUUUGAUAUCUUUCACUUCUGUCCGCUGGAGAGGUUCGGUAUCAUCAUUAGCGACAGAGCAACAGACUUCUCACCAAUCAAGAACGCUGUAGGCGAAGAUUCAGUUGAAUCAGCUCGUCAGGCAUACCACUCUAGCGUGAAGGCCGUCUAG